AUGACUGGAACAUGUUUAAGAGGUAGAAUUUAUCAAGUGUAUAUUGAACAAAUGAACUGGGAACUUGAGGUUGAUAAGAAUUCCAAAUGCAAUAAUUCAAUACUUCCUCCUGAAUACCCAAAGGUCUUCACAGAUCAACCAACGCCAAAAGUAACAUUCAGUGAUAUACCAGUAACUUUACGUUGUCCGUCAUGUGGACUAAAUACUUUAACUACUUUGGAGUACAAAAAUGGUUUAUUAACUUACUUAGCUUCUGGUGGUAUAUGCCUAAUUGGUGGGUUUUUUGGUUGUUGCCUGAUACCAUGUUGCAUUAACGGUUGUAAAGAUGUGAAUCAUGUAUGUCCACAUUGUCGACGUGCCGUAGGAACCUACCACAGAUUGGGAAACUGAACGUUCAAUACGAUAAGAGAAACAAAGUCAACCA